AUGGGUACUGAACUGGAUUCCAGUGUAGAUACUAUUCGUCAUCAUCAAAGAAAUUAUGAAGCACAAAAACGUAGAACUACUAUGGAGAUUACUCAUUUACGUAAUCAAUUAGCUAAAGCAACUGCUUUAUUAGAACAGUUGAAAUUAUUCUUCAGUAAAACAAAUGUGAACACUAGUUCUUUGGACCACAAUAUGCGAGUUGUGAUUGAGAAUUUACUAAGAAAUGUACACACAAAUAAUGAACUGCAAGAUGUAGAUACUUUAAGUAUCGACGAUUUAAAACUGAGAUUAUCUAUUGCUCAAAAUGAGCUUACUCAAUUGCGAUUAGAUAUGGCACGUCAAAGAGAAGAUGAUGAUCGUGAGGCAUCAAGACUUCGGGGUCAGUUAGCUGAAGCAAAUUCAAAUGCAAGAGCUUUACGGAUGCAGUUAAAUCGCCUUAUACCACAAAGCAUUUCUUCAAGCAAACUUAAUAGUUUGGUGAAUACAAACUCAUCUGAUUCCUCAAGCUGUACAAAUUGUCAAAAACUUCAACGUCUCAACGAUGUUUUACAACGUAAACAAUCUAAAAUGAACCCGUUUCCUGAUUUAAUCGAUCAUCAAGGGAAUAUAAUAAAUCAUCAGAAUUUUGUUUGUGAGGACAGUGCCUUUAAGAAGAAAGCAAUACACAAGCCACACUUUAUGAACAGUUUCGUUCAAACAGAUUUGUUGAAUGAUAUUCCCGCAACUGAUUUUAUCCAAAAGGUUGAUGUAGCUAUUGACCCUAUUGGUGGAUACGAUAACAUCUCACCACAUCUCCCGGUUGAAAAUUGUAAAUAUGUUCAAACGGAACCAUUCAUCAUAGGUAAAUUUUAG